UCAUCUGCCUUAUCCUCAGUAGUGUCCCAUUUCUCAACCAAAACCAUCAAAUCCUCCAGCAUGCAAACAUCUGUAAAAUCUUGGCCUCCUUUGCUUCAGCGCUGCUGCCACUCCCGCCACCAUCACAAAUGGCCACCAAACUUGCCUUUACUAUAACAAUUCCUCGUUUUUACUCUGCCCCUUUCAGAAAACCAUUUAGCUGUGUCCCCUCUUCACCUUCUUCUCCUUUUCUGCACUCUUGUUCAUCCUCUGCUUCAAGAAGGCAGCUGGUUCUGUCUCCAAAGACCACUACUGAUCAGCCAGGUCCCGUCCAAGAGGAUGAAGUAGUUGAUGGUAAGAUCCUGCAGUAUUGUAGCAUAGAUAAGAAAGAAAAGAAGUCCCUGGGGGAGAUGGAGCAAGAUUUUUUGCAAGCACUACAAGCAUUCUAUUAUGAGGGGAAAGCCAUAAUGUCAAAUGAGGAAUUUGAUAACCUCAAGGAAGAACUAAUGUGGGAAGGAAGCAGUGUUGUCAUGCUAAGUUCUGAUGAGCAAAGGUUUUUGGAAGCUUCGAUGGCUUAUGUAUCUGAUCCAAUAAUGUCAGACAAAGAGUAUGAUAAGCUGAAGAUGAAACUUAAGAUCGAUGGGAGUGAGAUUGUGGUUGAGGGUCCACGAUGCAGCCUUCGCAGUCGAAAGGUUUACAGUGAUCUUUCUGUUGAUUAUCUCAAGAUGUUCCUUUUGAAUGUACCUGCGGCUGUUGUUGCACUGGCACUGUUCUUCUUCCUUGAUGAUUUGACUGGAUUUGAAAUAACUUACCUUUUGGAGCUUCCAGAACCCUUCAGUUUUAUUUUCACGUGGUUUGCUGCUAUACCUGUUAUAUUAUGGUUAUCGUCUUCACUUACAAAGGUCAUCGUGAAGGAUUUUUUGAUCCUAAAGGGCCAAUGCCCCAACUGUGGCACCGAGAAUACUUCCUUUUUUGGAACCAUACUUUCUAUAUCCAGUGGUGGAUCUAACAACACUGUAACAUGCUCAAAUUGUGAGACAGUGAUGAUAUACGAUUGAAACAAGUUGAUUACAUUGCCUGAAGCCUGAGAGGUAGUUAAGCAAUGAUUCGAGGAUGAACUGUUUUUGCACCAGAAAUAUGCAGCAAGUCCAUCACUAACAUGAGUUGCCAAAGAGGAAGACUAUAUCCAGGAUGAAUCUGUGGAAGUGGAAAAGGAUUCCAAUAUUCAAAUUGCUGGCUGCUUUAU